GCCGCUCGGAGGCCGCCGCCGCCGCGAUGCUUCCCUCCUUGCAGGAAUCUCUGGAUGGGGAUGAAAAGGAGCUAGAGAGCAGCGAGGAGGGAGGCUCCGCGGAGGAGCGGAGACUCGAGCCGCCACCCAGCAGCCACUAUUGUCUCUACAGCUACCGCGGAAGCAGAUUGGCGCAACAGCGAGGGGACAGUGACGAUGGAAGCCCAAGCGGCACAAAUGCAGAAACGCCCUCUGGUGAUGAUUUCAGCCUUUCCUUAGUGGAUACUAAUCUGCCAUCGGAAGUGGAACCAGAGCUGCGCAGUUUCAUUGCUAAGCGUCUUUCUAAGGGAGCAGUCUUUGAAGGGCUGGGUAAUGUUGCAUCUGUGGAGCUGAGGAUUCCAGAAUCCCGGGUCGGUUGUUAUUACUGUCUUUUCCAGCAAGAAAAACUGCUUCCUGAAGCAGCAACAGUGGACUAUGAACAUAACGCUUCAGAGUAUGUGGUCUGUUUUUUAGGAGGGUCUGAAAAAGGACUUGAGCUUUUCAGGCUUGAACUGGACAAGUAUAUUCAAGGGCUGAAAAAUGACAUGAACCGUGAGGAAAGAGGCCUGGAGAACCACAUAAAAUCCUACCUGAGCAGCUGGUUUGAGGAUGUUGUAUGCCCAAUCCAAAGGGUGGUUCUUCUCUUUCAGGAGAAGCUUACCUUUCUGCUACAUGCUGCUCUGAGUUAUACUCCUGUUGAAGUUAAAGAAUCAGAUGAAAAGACAAAGAGAGACAUUAACAGGUUUCUGAGUGUGGCCAGUCUUCAAGGCCUUAUUCAUGAAGGCACCAUGACGUCCUUGUGCAUGGCCAUGACCGAGGAGCCGCAUAAACCUGUGGUCAUCGAUUGCAGCGACUCCCAGCCUCAGUUCUACAAUGCAGGAAGCAACCGGUUUUGUGAGGACUGGAUGCAGGCUUUUUUGAAUGGCACUGAAGGAGGUAACCCUUUUCUUUUUCGACAAGUACUGGAGAACUUUAAACUAAAGGCCAUACAAGACACAAAUAAUUUGAAGAGAUUUAUCCGACAGGCAGAAAUGAAUCAUUAUGCUUUGUUUAAAUGUUACAUGUUCCUAAAGAACUGCGGUAGUGGAGAUAUCCUUUUGAAGAUUGUUAAAGUGGAACAUGAAGAAAUGCCCGAAGCCAAAAAUGUGGUGGCUGUCCUUGAAGAAUUUAUGAAAGAAGCUCUUGCUCAAAGCUUUUGAUCACAUGUUUUGAGAUAACUGUAUUGUGAAGUUGCACCUUCAAGCCUUGGUGUUUGAAACUGCGGUCGUUAUAAUUGUCCAUAGGAUUGCUACUUCAGACUAUUUCAAACACAUUCUAGAUGUCUUCAUUUUGUAAUUUUAAAAUUUAACUUACUUAGACAUAAAAAUCCAAGGACCAUUUUCACUGAGUCUUAGAUGUCGUUAGAAUCGUGGCGUUUUAGCGCACUGCUGACCCCAUAAAUUCCAGGCUUCAGGGGGUUGAGGCUCAGAAGUCUUGAAAGGUAAUUUUGUGGCUUCUCUGAGGAGCUGGCUGCAGUAUUAAGCAAUUUUUCCUCCCAGAAAAAUUGUCAUACUCCUUUCUCCAUGUACUAUAGCUUCUUUAAAAAAAAAAAAAAAUGUCCUCCUAGUCUCAGGACAGAUCAGUGCUGUGACACCAUUUCAGAGACAGAUCUGUGCAUCCUGUGGGUGCUUGGAUAGAUUUUCUUUUUUGUCUGAUUAUUGCAUGGAUGACAGAGCCAGCUUGUAAGACAAUACACAAAUCAUGAGUGUGUAAGGCAUUAAAUGAGCUUUAAAAAUAGAUGCAUAAGCUUCAAGACAAAACAUCUCUGACAGAAAGCUACUGCCAAAGUGGCCCCCAGCCCCUUUCUUCAUUCAUUUGUUCACAGCUACUUGCCAGGAGCCUGUAUUUUCUUUUCUCUUUUUAUGUCGAAAAUGCUGUAGUUUCCCAACAGAGUGUUAAAAAAGAAACCAAGUACUUAAAUUCUACAAGCAAACUGUAACAAAGAAUGCGAACAGAUUCUUCAUAUCAAAGUUACUCAUUGAUUUUAGGGUUUUUUGUACAUUUGUUACAAGCCUCAUAUUGUUUUACUCUGAAUCAACUGAAUGGGGCCUCAGCUAGAGCCAUUUAUAAUUCCCAAGGAAGCCAGUUGUAGCUACACUUGUGAUGGCAGUUUGUUCUGCAAAGCUCUUUAAUAAAUCCAUUUGAUAAUGAUUUUUGUUUAGAAGAUCAGAAGUCUUAUUCUCACUGCCCUCAGGAUGCUCAGAGGAACACAAGCCCGUAAAAAUCCUCUCCUAAACUUAUACAUAAGUGCUGAGUUUUAACUUUGAAAAUGACUGGCAAUGGCCUUAUGCUUUCUCUUCUACAGAAGUCUGGGGACAUGACUCACCAAGCCAUUUCUUUUCCUUUAAUGAGAAAUACAAUUCAGGAUCUUCAUAAAGGCUCUCAUAUGGUUUUAAAUUUUAAUAACUUGGAUUGUAGGCAGUGUAGAAAACAAAAUCCAAAUAGCAUUUUUUAUAGCAUUAAAUUCAGAAUGACUAUGGGAAAUAAGCAAUUCCAAGGCACUACACUUGAAUCUGACUUUUUCUAAUGUACUUGGUUGCUCAUUUAGAAAUCAAUUUUUUAAUAGACAACAUUAGGACAUCAACAUUUGGAGUCAAAAAAACAUAUUUUUCAUUUUCAAAUUCACGUUUCAUUCAAUAGUCCAUGAUGUAAAUGGCAUUUUAAGGUAAUGUAUUACCUGCUUCAAGCCAUUUAUGGAUAUAGUCAAAGUUUCAUUAGCUAUUCCUUACAUGAACUUCUAAAUAUAUAUUUUGUGAUGCAGGCUCAGUACACUGUGUACCAUAUAGUCUUAUUUUACAAGUCUGUGACAAACCAUCACUAUUGUAGGCGAAGAAAAUGGUGACGUGGAAUCAAGUAUCCUGUUGGCCAUGAGAAGAAACCCAAAGAGCUCAUGACCAGAAACAUGGACUGUAUUCAAAUUUUAAUAAGCUAAUGUAUUAACUUUUAAAGUUUUAAAAAGGACUUGUUCACGUGUGGAAUACAUUUAUGUAUUACUUGUGUGCUCUACACACAGGAAAUAUGUUUGUCAUGUUAUCAAAAAUGGCCUCAGUUUAAUUGUAAUUAUAUUUGUAACAAUAAUCAUAAUAAUAAACCACUCU